CCUCAUUCUCCACAUCUCUGUUUCCUCCAACUUUUUGCAACCAUGGCUAUGUCUUUUAUUGGAAAACCUAUCUCUUUGAUUUCUCAUUCAGAUGUGCGGUACCGUGGCAUCCUGGCGGGGAUCGACCCGCAGGCAUCGACUAUUCAGCUUUCGAACGUGUUCUCCAUGGGCACUGAGUCACGACGACCAUCAGCCGAGUUUAUACCACCAGUGCAAGAGCCAUAUCAGUACAUCAUCUUCCGAGCUUCAGAAGUGAAGGACCUGGCUGUUGACGAGCCUGCGCCUCGAAGAAGCGUACACGACGAUCCGGCCGUCCUUGGGGCAUCAGCACCGGCAGUGAACGGUACAUAUGCGCCCUAUGGACAGCCUGGAUUCCAGCCAGGCCAGCUUCCACCAGUCAUCCAACAACCUUUGCAGCAACAGCCCUACGCACCGCGACCGCAACAACCUGAGAUAGCUCAACCACCAAAUGGGAACCGGGCAGCUGGUCCCAGUAAUGGCGUAGCAAGUAAUGAUGGACGACGUAGUGGUGGAUUGAACUCUGCUGCCGCGUCUCUCGAGACUGUGGAGCGUGCUCUUGGUGAUCUUCGUGUAGCUAAUGGUGCGCGCGGCGGCAGACGUGGUGGUGGCGCUGGUGGAAGAGCCGAAAUCAAAGCCGGUGAUCUGCGCGUACCAAGUACGGACUUUGACUUCGCCGGAUCCAAUGCUCGGUUCGACAAGUCUGCUCUUGCUGGUAAUAAUAGCAAGAGCCCCAAGGCCAAGGGCACUUCGGCUUCUGACGAAGAGAAGACGACCUUACAAGACAGCGGGGAUGUUGAAGCGAAGGAGAAACCGACAGAGGAAGAGGAGAAGGCCUACAACCCAAGCAAAUCUUUCUUCGACUCGUUGUCCUCGUCUACGCAGGGCCUUGCGCCGCAGGGUGGUGGCCGCGGCGGAAGAGGAAGGGGUAGUGGAAGGAACAGGAGGGAAGAGGAGAGAGAGAAAAACGUGGCAACGUUUGGCGAGCCGGGCGGAGUGGGGCUUAUGGGGCCUGGUGCGUAUGUUGGUGGGUGGGGCGGGUAUGGCAGAAGAGGCGGAGGUCGUGGAAGGAGGAACCCCCAAGUAGGUGGACGUUAGGUGAGUUGAUGAUGGACGUGUGAUGGACGUUUCGGUCGGUGCUAUUUUCACAUACAACGUUGUUCUCUGAGAGUUAUUCUGCCAAGUGCCCCACUCCUGAGAUAUUCUGUCAUUUGUUGAAUGUGUGAAUGUAGGAUGUGUAGGAGACAUUCAAAAUCCGCCAUGGCAGGUUGAGCACUAUAUACUCGGCCGGGAAUUAUUGACAACCAGAAAGGUUGGUCAAUGCAAAAAAUAAUAACAGAGGUACCCAACAGU